CUCAGGGGAGAGAUAGCUCACGAGCGUCUCUUCCACCCGUGGCAUCUCCCCAUAACCAUGCCCUUUUAGUCCUAAGAUGUUACUAUAAUUAGAUGUUUGCGGACUAUAGACCCGGAAGGACGCGGGUCUGUUCCACGACCUCGACACCUCGGUGUGGAGGUCGGGAAAAAAAGGCAAGCCCCGGCGUGGAGGUUGUGCGCGAGAAGGGAGAAAGCGCUCGUCUAAUAAACUGGCCUGACGGGCUUCCUGUUUCUCGGUUGGCCAGCUUAUGUUUAAUCUGGCCACCGCUCUAGUAACAACCUCCACUAGCUCCUCAUAUGCUUGUGACUGUGGUGGCGACUCAUCACACUGAUCGAUGCUGACAACGUCUAAUUCCUCAGAACUAGAACACUGCAACAUCGGCGCUUCACCAGGGGCAGAAGAAACCGCAGAGCGUGCUUCUAGCUCCUGAAAUGAAGCGCUGGAUCCUGCAGGUAAAGGCAGAGAAAGGGCGGGGCCCGUCUCUAACCCCUCUGCAAGAUCCAUUUGCGAACCCCACGACGCGAGCCUUCGCUGUGCCUCGGCAGCAGCGGGACCCGAGCCGCGGGGAGCGCAAGCCGAACCGCUUUCCUCGAAAAGCGCCCGGCGGGAGCGGAGCGUCUUCAUAGACAUCUGCUCGCAAUGCACACAGCCAGCUCCCUCAAGAGCUGACUGGGCAUGCUCCACUCCCAAGCAAACAACACAAAGCUCGUGUGCAUCUCCCGCCGGAAUGUAGCGAGGACAAGGAGACGCACACGGCCUGAAUUGCUGCACUUGUGUCGCCAUAAUAGUGUCUUAGAUAUGUGUGCUUGAAUAACGUGAGAGACAAACAACAAUAAAUAAGACAGACAGUUUCACAGAAAGCGCUUACUGAAGACACAGAAGCUAACUCUGUUUGGUUCGGGUGUGCUUUAUAGUUUCCUGGUCAUGACGUCACCCGCCUAUGACGUUCCGUCACGCCAUUGGACAGAUUUCACAUGUGCUUCACGACGCAUUCACGCAGAGGCGUUCCCAAAGCGCUUGACGCAGCGCGAGUUCCCUUGAAAGGGAACAGUAUGUGAAAGGAGUAGUAUGUCCGAAACUUCAGUAUUCACAAAAGAGUAGGCGAGAAGUUCCCGGAUGGCCUACUGCUCCCGCCCAGAUUCUGAAGUGUGCAUCCGAUGGACACUCUUCUAUCCCAGGAGGCCACGGGAGAGGAUACGUCAUACUCGAACAUGGAGGAGAAAAGCGUUGAGGGUGUUUUCAAAUGGACAGAUGAUCAUGUGUGUUUAUCCGGUGGAGAGAGGCUAAUGAAGGAAUGAUACCAUCAAAGGCUUUGAAGCUUUUGUGGUGGAGCAAGACCUGCAAGGCAAGAUGACGGCGACAUUUGUGGGGGAAAAGGGGGAAAACCUGAAACAAAAGGUCACAUCAUUUUGUUACUUCUAAUACAGAAAUCAAACAACAAUGUGAUGUUAAAAUGACUGCUUUUGUAUUAUGUUUUAUGUUAAGUGUGCAUUUUUGAAGGAUGUUAAAGACUGGUGUGAGCACUGAGGAUGGAAAGCCACAGCAGAUCCUGGAAAUGGUACAGUGCCAUGGAUGAGACCCUCCAUCACUCCUCCUGCCCUUACUGCCUCAUCUGACCCAGAUGUUGCUAUGGUCUCAUCAUCCUCAGUGAGCCCAGAGCCAGCAAGAGUAUCUAGACAAAGACCAAAAGACAUUGAGGAUGUGAUUGUGGUCAAGUUUGUUCUGCUGGUUUCUGUUCAUACAAUGGAGCUUCAAAAGCAUCAUCAAAUAAUGUCAUGAAGCUUCUGGAAGUCAGGCUCCAUUGACUGAUAUUGUAUGAACAGAAACCAGCAGGACAAACUUUACCAAAAUCACCUUUUGUGUUAAAAAACAAACAAACACAGGGAUUGAACAGCAUGAAGGUGAGUAAAUAAUGACUGAAUUUAUAUGUUUGGGUGAACUAACACUUUAUGCCCCCAAAUAGAUAUUGUAUGAAAUGUAUGUAUGCAUUUAUAUUUGUUACAAAUUCUCAUGUUUCUGUGCUUCCCCUGUGACCUAGUUUUCCCCAUUCUGUUUCAUUAGUUCAUUUGAUUCACCUGUGUCUUAUUAUCUCUUUAAGCCCUGUGUUCAUCCUCAUUCCUUGUCCGUUCUCGUCCUUGUAUGGUUGUGUUAUUCCUACGUGUUAUCAUUAAAGCCUGUAUUCAUCUACUCUUCUUUGUUUCGCCUGGUGUUUGAGACCUACUGUGACAGAAGAACGGACCGAUACCGAAAUGGAUUUACCGGCUGUCCAUCUGCUAUACAUCGACCAGGAGCAGCAGUCCCUCGAGACCCACACCCAAAGGUUUUUAGAUCUGGUGUGCCUUACCAACAUCCCGGACUCAACGCUGAGUGUUUUUUUCUAGAUAAGCCUCAGCGCGAAAGCAAGAGCUCGUCUGCCUGGUGUGGGUCCUCGGGGGAAUUUCGGCGAGUACGUGGAGUGGGUGCUGGUGAACUGUGAUUCUCCAUUUACCAUCGACAUCGCUGAUAAAGUCACCAGCCCCGCUCCCCAUCCAGAGUUCAGCCUGCCUUCACCCAGCGACACGGACAACAAGCCAGAGCCCACCGCAGAUGGAGGUAAUCAGCCUGCCGCGAGAAACGAGCCGGAGCUGACAAGUGGGACCGAGCUUCACAUCGCCUCAGAACUGGAGUCCUGAGGACAGACGUCUGACCAGGUGUGUGAGCCGGCAACAACGUGCGCCAACGUGGGAGUCCUCGUGGAGUUCGAGGGGAUGGAGUGGAGCCCCGCCCACAUUCCCACGACAGAGGGUGAGCAAGCGCUGGACAAUUUGUUUUCUUUUUACGAGGACUGUAUUGUAGAGGAGGAUUCCCUGAGUCUCCUUUCCCCGCUGGUUCCAUCCAGCCCAGAACUAUCCGUCUCCCUGCUGGUUCCGUCCAGCCCAGAACUGUCUGUCUCCCCGCUGGUUCCGUCCAGCCUAGAACUGUCCAUCUCCCCGCUGGUUCCGUCCAGCCCAGAACUGUCCGUCUCCCCGCUGGUUCCGUCCAGCCUAGAACUGUCCGUCUCCCCACUGGUUCCGUCCAGCCCUGUGUCUCCGGUGUUCCCUCCCAACCUCCCUCUCCCGCCUCCUCUCCUGCUGCCAUUCAGUUCCUCUGCCCAGUCACCGCUGUCUCACGCUGGCACCUCAGUUUCUCCUCUACCAGCCCUCUGUGGUGUGGAUCCACCUUGGGCCAGCCGUUCAACAGCGCCGUCUGGAUGCCUGGACCCCUUAGCUCCGCCUCUUGCCUCCGAUCCAGUCUCUCCACCUUGGCUUGUCGUCCAGACUCCUCCGCCAUGGCUCCUUCCCCCCCUCGGCUCCGCCUGGGACCAUCGGCCAUUCGGCUACACCGGGCUCCCUCGAACCUCCGGCUACACCUUGGUCGGAUGUUGCCACGCCUUCGCCACGGACUUACGAGUCGUCUGCUGCGCGACGCCUCUCCACCCCUACGGCUCCGUCUGGCUCCGCCCUCCCUCCGGUUCCGCCUCGGUCCUCUGUCGCUCCGGUUCCACCUCAGACCUCUGGCACCCCGGCUCCUCCUCAAGGAAUCGUCGCCACGUCUCCCUUGCGGCCUCCGAAGCCUGCGGUGUCGUGUCUGGUCGUCGGCCAUCCAUCUGCGCUCUGGGCUCCUUCUCCAUCGGCUCCGUCUCCAUCAGUCAUCCCCACGGUUUCGUUGAGGAGGUUAACACCAUGGCUCCUCCCUCCCUCGACUCCGCCGUGGAUCACCAUCCUGGCUGAACUCUGGAAUUUCCAUCUGCUCAUCCUGCUCCUGGUCUUCCCCUGGCUUCUCCCACCCUACACGCCCCCUUGGACUGUGUUUUCUGUUCCUUGGACUCUUUUCUUGUUUUUUGUUUUACUCCGCCCUCCUCCAGAACCCCCACCCUCCCUCCUCAGUUGGACUCUUACGGCGCGAGGACGCGCCUAUCCGGGAGGGGGGAACUGUUACAAAUCCUCAUGUUUCUGUGCUUCCCCUGUGACCUAGUUUUCCCCAUUCUGUUUCAUUAGUUCAUUUGAUUCACCUGUGUCUUAUUAUCUCUCUAAGUUCCCUAUGUUUGCUUCAUGUAUUUAAGCCCUGUGUUCAUCCUCAUUCCUUGUCCGUUCUCGUCCUUGUAUGGUUGUGUUAUUCCUACGUGUUAUCAUUAAAGCCUGUAUUCAUCUACUCUUCUUUGUUUCGCCUGGUGUUUGAGACAUACUGUGACAAUAUUAUAGCAGUACCAAAAAAAAUAAAAAAAAAAAUAAAAAAAAAUAAGCAGCUUUAUUGAGCGUUUGUGCCCGAGACACUUACAAAAAAGGAUUUACAAAAAUCACAUUUACAUUAUGCAUUGGACAGAUGCUUUUAUCCAAAGUGACUUACAGUGCACUUAUUUUCAGGGGUGAUGAACCAGCAACCUUAUGCUUAUCAGUUUAGUA